AAUAACCCGACGGACCAGUUGCAGGAACCCAAAACAUGCUAGGGACCUCCGCGGCCGCCGUACAGAGGACGUGAACAAAGAUGGUGCUGGAGAAGAAAGGUUCCGCUCGGGUGGAGGCCGGUCAGCGCAGAGUUUUGGAUGAAGCUACCAGACAGAGGAGGCUGACCCGUCAGCUGGAGGCUCUGGAAAAAGACAACUUCCAGGACGACCCUCUGUCCUCCCUCCCUCCCCCAGGUCCUACUGCCCGCCUACCUGCCUUCAGUGAGUCUGAAGAACCAGAGAAGAAGAAGAGAAAGACGAGGGGCGACCACUUCAAGCAGCGUUUCAGGAAGAACUUCACCACGCUGCUGGAGGAGGAGAAUCUUUCAGAGAAGCCGGAGCCUAACUACCUGUCAGCAGCGGCCCCGCCAUCCUCGCUACCUGCACGCCACUUCUGCUGCGUCUGUGGGUUCCCGUCGCACUACACCUGCACCACCUGCGGGGGGCGGUACUGCAGCACCAAGUGUCUGUGCACACACAGAGAGACGAGGUGUUUGAAGUGGACGCUCUAACUGCCACCACCUUGUUGCCAUGGUGAUGGAGGUGAGGGUUGCAUAUGGGAUGCAUGAAGCUGCAUCAUAAAGAGAGUUGGAACCCUUUGUGGCUCUGCUGGCUGCUGUGAGAGCAGCUGGACAGAGACUCACCUGUGCAGGUGGACAGGAGGCUGCUUGUGAUGUCACAGGACUGCAGAUUCACUCAGGAGAUUUGGCUGCUUCAGUAUUUCUGUAUAUUUUUCUUUACACUGUCAGUUCUUUGUUUACCGUUCAUAACUUAGCUCGGGGUGCAAAUGAAGAGACAUGCCUGGGUUUGUUGCAUCAUCAUCUGAGUGGACAGAAUCAGAUUAAUUGUAAAUAUCUGUGUAUCUGUAACUUUAAUGUUUUCUUUAUAUUUCAAUAAAUCAGAUCUGACUUCACACAAAGUCUCCUGAUCCAGGACUGGAAAUAUCAGCGACUCGAUCUACUGCAUCCAUCUGCAGU